GCUCAUUCACAUUUGUUGCUGAACGAGCGUAGAGAUUGGUCGAGACGGAAUUGUGUCGUUUUCUGUGGCGUGGUUAAUACUUGUGUGACUGAUUCGUGGAAGGAGUGAAGUUAAUUUGAAUUAAAGAAAAACCGUUGAAAGUGCGAAUUAUCCAUAUUGAUAAAUAUGGACUGUAAAUUUUGAAAAUUAAUGUACCAUGUGGAAAUCUGUGAUUCUUAUUUAAAAGUAUUUAACUCUACUUUAAAUAAAUUGUUGAACUUAUGUGUAUGUGAAAACUCCGACUACAUUGGUAGAAACUAUCGGUUAAGUUGGGUUUGCAAACAACUACAUUUACAGAAAUAAGAGUAACCGUUCACGUAAAUAUAUACACGAUAUAUAUAUUCUAUUGUUAAAGUGAAACGUUGGUUAAACGUAGACAGCGCAGUGUAUAUCUCAUUGUAGUUGGCCGAUUGUGUGAGUGUCAACAGUGUUCGUAUUAACCACUAUUUUUUACCUGGAAUUACCUGUUUCAAGUAAAUGUAUGUAAUCAAAGUAUGGUGGAGCUAUAGAACAAAGCGAACAUGAAAAACGAGUUUAACAAAAAUCAAAAAGUAACAGUGGAGAGAGCUUGGAAAUAUAAUAAUUAUGAAGUUUGUGUGUUUAGAAAUAGUAAAAACCACAGUGCAUAUACAUAUAUAGCAUAACUAAAUUAAACUAAAAAUAAUACUUUGUUGUAUGGUGGUAUGCCAUAUUAAACAGCUUUUGAUAUAUGUUUACAGCUUAUCCAUGAAAAUGCAACAGAACAACAAUGAGCGACAUUGGAAUUAGUUAAAAAAUGAAUAAAGAAUUCCCGUUUUAAUGCAAACACGAUUACGAAAUGUACAAAAGAUACACCUUUGAAAUGAAUGUUAAAAUAAAUUAACCAACCUAAGUACGAUGAAAUAUUUGUCGGAGAGAAUUUCAUUGGUGCUUAAAUAAACAACAACAAUUCCGCCGUGAUCGUACACAGAAUAGAAAGGUGAAUGAAUAAAUACUGGGUGACUCACAUGCCGUGAUUUCCUGAAAAUUGUGUGCCUUUACGAAAAGUAUUAACAAUUUAAAUAAAAAAAAAACUAUUUUAAAAAUCUAAAAUAAUAUUUAUUUUUCCUGUGGAUAAAUUGUAAUGCUACGAAAUGUCUCCUCAACAACUGCAUCCAGAAACACAAGUUCACUACCUACUACAGAACCGGCUGUAUCAUCAGCGACCGAAAAAGCAUUUAUGUCGAAAGCUGCACAAAUAUCACACGUUAGCUUUUGCGUUAGCCUUAAUACAAUUACUUACGGCUACUUUUGUUUGCGGCUACACCAGCGGGUCCAAUCUCGUCUCAAGCAACAGAGAUGACCCAUUUUCCAUGUCAAAACAGUUUACCUCACAAUUGAGUGCAGGAAGCUCUUUUAUACGACAAAGGCGUUCACCCAACCCUGCUUCCGAUUCCGUUGCGUCACUUUACUCAGCUUUACCAGCAGCCCGUACCGGUAAUUCUGCCAUAUAUUUUGGUAUGUCUUCGUCGUCUGCGAUGACGCAUGAAAGCAGUGCUAAGCAGUAUUUCGAUAAUCGAAAACCGGCUUUUAAAAAUUGUGCUAGCUAUAAACCGUCCGUCAGAGAAGAGGAACCUGAAAAUACGUUUGUUAUAAUGGUGCAAGCAGAAGAUCCUGACUAUGAUCAAGAAAUAAAAUAUAGUCUUGUUCAAUCGGCUACAGAGCGAUCAAAAUUCCAUAUUGAUCCUAAAUCGGGAGUAAUUGUAACAACUCAUCGAUUUGAUCGAGAUGAACCAACCUACGAAAAAAUGGUUUAUGUAACAGUGCAGGCGACUGACAAUGGUAAUCCGCCAUUAGACGAUGUGUGUACAUUUAAAGUGAUUAUUGAAGAUGUCAAUGAUAAUGCACCAGUCUUCAAUAAGGCGCGUUACGACGAGUCUAUUUCAGAAGAUAAACAGCCUGAUGCAAUUGUAAUGCGUAUUUCGGCCAGUGACUUGGAUGACGGCAAUAACAGUAUUAUCGAAUAUGAAAUCAUACCUGUUCGUGAUCAUUUGUACUUUAAGAUCGACAAAGCAGCCGGAAUUAUUUACCUAAACCGUCCCAUUGAUAAGCGUCCUGGACAAUAUUAUACAAUAACUGUUGCUGCUUAUAAUCCGAGUAGUCCAAUAAGCCCAGAUUCCAAACAAGAAUCGCAAAUCGAUGUGCGUAUUCGUGUAGUAGAAUCGUCGAAGAAGCCACCAUCAUUUGUUGAUCCAAUUGAAGAUCCUAUAUAUUUGAAAGAAGACUACAUGAACUAUUCCACGCCCAUUGCAACUUUGCGAGCUGUUUCAAAUGUUCCCGAUAAGCCUGAAGUGAUAUUUGAAUUAGUUACCGGGCGUACAGAGCAGACGAAUAGUAAAAAGACAUUCGUAUUUAAUCAAACUGGCACAACGGUAACGAUUGGUUUGGGAAAAUUGCUUGAUUAUGAAUCCGUCACUGAGUACACAUUGACGAUGAUUGCGCGCAAUACAUACGAUUUAGUCGCAGAGCAUGUAAUUAAAAUUAAGGUUGUGGAUGUAAACGAUAACAUACCAUACUUUACUGAGGUGAACAAAGGCACACUGCUUGAGAAUGAACUACCAGGUACACCUGUAAUGCAGGUACGUGCUUUCGAUAUGGACGGUACAGAAGCAAAUAAUAUUGUGUCUUUCGAAUUGGCUGAUAAUCGGGAAUAUUUCAAAAUUGAUCCUCAUACUGGUAACAUAACGGCAUUGACCACAUUCGAUCGCGAGGAGCGUGAUUUCUACAAUGUGAAAGUGAUCGCAAGUGAUAACUCUCCCUCCAGUUUGUAUAACAACGGUGAGCCGAAUCGUGGGCAACAAGUUUUUCGCAUUGAAAUCGCGGACAAGAACGACCAUAAGCCACAUUUUCAAUUAGCCGAAUAUGUCCAUGACAGUUUACCUGAAGAUGCGAACAUAAAUUUUAUGGUGAUCGAGGUAGAAGCUGUUGACGAAGAUAAUACAGCACAAAUUGUAUAUACCAUCGAAAGUGGAAAUGUGGGAAAUGCAUUCAAAAUUGAAAAGAAGACGGGCCAAAUAACAGUGAAUCAGCGACUUGAUUACGAAAAUAUUACCGAAUAUGUGCUAAAGAUUCGAGCAUUUGAUGGGAUUUAUGAUGAUUAUGCAACUGUGGAAAUAAAAAUAGCGAACGUCAAUGAUAAUCCUCCAGAAUUUAAGGAGAAAUAUUCGAAAACCAUACAAGAAGAAAUGAUUUUUGACUAUUGUAUAUUGAAUAUUGAAGCUUACGAUCCGGAUAUAAAAGACCGUACAGCAGAUCAGCAUAUUAAAUAUUCAGUGGUUAAGGAGGAACAGAAAAAGAUGAUAACCAUAGAUAAUGAUGGUUGUUUAAAACUAAUACAACCAUUAGAUCGUGAUCCCCCCGAUGGUCAUAAGAGUUGGCAGGUAUUAGUCGCAGCAGUUGAUGAAGAUGGACAGGGUUUGAAAUCUGUUACACAUUUGAUCAUAAAUCUGCAGGAUAUUAACGACAAUGCGCCUUUUCUGGUGAACACAAUGCCUGUUAUUUGGCAGGAGAAUCGAAAUCCUGGACAAGUUGUACAAUUACAGGCAAAUGAUUAUGAUGAGCCACAGAAUGGACCGCCAUAUACGUUCGGUAUCGAUAGUGAAGCGUCCGCUGAUAUUAAGACAAAAUUUAGCAUCGAUAAUGAUUACCUAUUUGCGAAUGUACAAUUCGAUCGGGAAGAACAAAAAGAAUAUUAUAUACCUAUAAGAAUCAGCGAUUCCGGCAAACCAAAACAAAGUAAAGUAAGCAUUUUACAUUUGAUUAUUGGUGACGACAAUGACAAUGCUAUGUCGGAGGGUUCUUCGCGUAUUUUCAUUUAUAAUUAUAAAGGUGAGGCGCCUGACACCGAUGUGGGACGUGUUUUUGUUGACGAUCCUGAUGAUUGGGAUCUUGAUGACAAAGAGUUUCGUUGGAAAAAUGGUUUUCCGCAUGAUAAUUUCCGCUUAAAUCCAAACACUGGCAUGAUAACAAUGCUCGAGCGAACACACGAGGGUGAAUAUCUGCUCGAGUUCGUUGUUACUGAGGAAUCGACUUUUAUACCACGCCAUUCGGUAGAUGCUGAUGUUACUGUUAUUGUACGUGAAUUACCUGAAGAAGCUGUAGACAAAAGUGGUAGCAUACGUUUCUAUAACAUUACUAAGGAGAGUUUUAUCAGUGUUCCACGCGAUGCUCAAGCCGACGAUUCACUCUCAUUAAAAGAUCGCCUACAAUAUUCACUUGCCAAACUAUUCAAUACUUCAGUUACAAAUGUGGAUGUGUUCACCGUUUUGCAAAAUGCUAACAAUACAUUGGAUGUUCGUUAUUCAGCACAUGGCUCACCAUAUUAUGCACAAGAAAAAUUAAAUGGUAUUGUUGGACAGAACCAACAGAAACUCGAGAACGAAUUGGGUUUGCAAAUGCUUAUGGUUAAUAUAGACGAAUGUCUUAUUGAGAAGUACAAAUGCGAAUCAUCGUGCAUGAACACGCUGCAUAAAUCCAACAUUCCUUACAUGAUAUACUCGAAUACUUCGUCUUUUGUGGGCGUGACCGCAUUUAUUGAAUGGCACUGUGUUUGUGAAGCAAGAAUAAGCACUUAUUGUCUCAAUGGUGGAACUCCGCGUAUUGGAGAGAACGACAUGUGCGAUUGCAUUGACGGAUUUACCGGACCCCAUUGUGAAUUAGUAUCGGUUGGGUUCUAUGGUAACGGCUAUGCAUUUUACGAACCUAUAUCGCCAUGCGAAAACACUAAAAUCAGCCUCGAGGUAGCGCCACAAACUGAUCAGGGUUUAAUUAUGUAUCUAGGCCCAUUAAAUUAUAACCCUCUCUUACCACUAUCUGACUUCUUGUCAUUGGAGUUGGUUAAGGGUUAUCCCACACUUACUGCGGACUAUGGUUCUGGUGCCAUACGUAUUGAGCAUCGACACAUUCAGCUACAGGUUGGUAAAUCUUAUCAGUUGGACAUUAUACUACAAAAAACCAGUAUUGAAAUGGUAGUUGACAAUUGUCGCUUAUCAACUUGCAUAAGCUUGGGAGCGCCACAAGGCCCCAAUGAGUUUCUAAAUGUGAAUUCCCCAUUACAACUUGGUGGUACACCAGUGGAUCUCCUGCAGCUUGGCGAAAAGCUGAACUGGACAUAUACGCCGAGCCGUCAGGGUUUCUUCGGUUGCAUACGUAAUUUAACGAUCAAUAAUCAUACUUAUAAUUUGGGAACGCCUGCAAUAUCACGUAAUAUUGAUUCGGGUUGUCAACGAGCCGUUGCCGUGGCUGUUAGUUUUGGCAUUGAUCGGAACUUUAUCAUUGCUAUUGUGGCAUGUAUACUUCUUCUGCUUAUUAUUUUAUUGGCUGUGGUAGUGCAGAAGAAGCAAAAGAAUGGUUGGCAUGAAAAGGAUAUUGACGAUAUAAGAGAAACGAUAAUCAAUUACGAAGAUGAGGGCGGUGGUGAAAGAGAUACUGACUAUGAUCUCAAUGUGUUGCGCUCACAGCCGUUCUACGAAGAGAAGCUGUACAAAGACCCACAUACCUUACAAUCAAUGAAGGAUCCAAAUAAUGAGAUUCCCGAUAUUGGUGGCUUUUUGGGUGAUAAAAAAGAGAAUUGUGAUCGGGAAGCUGGCACAUAUCUGGUAGACGAUGUGCGGCACUACGCGUAUGAAGGUGAUGGCAACUCGGAUGGCAGCCUUUCUAGUCUAGCCUCCUGCACAGAUGAUGGCGAUCUCAAUUUCGAUUAUUUGUCGAAUUUCGGGCCACGAUUCCGUAAAUUGGCGGAUAUGUACGGCGAAGAACCCUCCGACACCGAUUCAAAUGUGGAUGAUGAACAAGGUUGGCGUAUAUAAACUUCCAAUGACAUUUCAUACCGAAUGUAAAAGACUUAAAAAUUAAGACCAUAGCUAAACGUAUAGUAAAUGUACAUACAUACAUAAUUACACUAUGCAAAUGCACGUUCAUAUGCAAAUGUAAAUUGGCGCUUGUCUUAAUAUAUAUUUUUUAAAUUUAAUUUUAAUUUUUUCAUCAAUAAAUUAAUAUGGAGAAGUGAAGUACAUAAAUAUAAGAAAAGAAAAGAAAAAACACAUUGUAGAAAAAAGUUUCGCACAUUAUUGAACAAAUAUUUAUAUUAAAUAGUUUUUUCGCUUUUAAGAAACACAUUGACAAUCUCAUAUAUAGCGAGCAUAUUCCAGGAAGGAAUGCGACAUCCAUUUGUAUACACAUCAUAUAAUAUCAAACAAAUAUUGUGUUAUUUGAAAUAAACACAAAUAAAGCCUUUAGAUAUCUUUAUAAUUAUUGUAAUUUCAUUUUGAUUCCAUUUAUUUUAUAUCGAACGAAAAAGUCUUCAAUUAUACACUAAAAUAAUUUAAAAUGUAAAGGAAUGACGACAAACUGAAACUGAAACCAUACUACAUAUCUUAUCUAAAAAGGCAGUUAAAAACUAAAACAAGCAUUAUUUAAGGGUCACAAGUUCCAUAGGGUAAUCUCCCUACCCACUUGAAUUCCAUUCAAAUGCAAGUGCAAAACUGAAGCUCGAUCGAUGUAGUGCUAAUGGAUAUGUAUGUAUGUAUAUGAGUUACGACUAAAUAAUUCACAGUUGAAUUAAAUUUUAAA